GUAUUUCUUUGCCGUGUUGGCCAUCCUAACAGUUCUUGGAGUACUGAAUGGACUCGUCCUUCUUCCAGUAUUACUGUCAUACAUUGGGCCCUAUCCAGAGGUGUCUCCAGUCGACGGUCGUAGCAGGUUACCCACCCCGUCCCCAGAAGCCCCUCACGUGGUCCACUUCUCAGUUCGUCCUCACCACACCACCAUGGCCACCACCACCUCUGGUGCAGCUUCUGACUCGUCCGACACGGAGUACAGCUCUAACACCACGGUGUCCGGCAUUAGCCAGGAGCUGCACAACUACAACCUGCCCUCACAAAGAGGACAAACGCGAGCAGAGGAGCAGCAGUACCACCUCCAGACCAACAGGGGCAGAACAGCCAGGACAGAUGAGGAAAGGAGAGCAGGAUCAGGGCAUAGGCGAUCAGCCAGGCCAACUGACCUUCCGGCCUAUUCUGUGUCUUUGUCCUCUCAGGGUUGUGAUUCUGGGCCCCAGCCCAGGGCCACUCAGCGUAACAGCAGCAGGGACCCCAAGAGCCAGCUGCACUGGCAGGCCCUGCCCCCAGCCCGCCCGCGCAUGGACGCUUUUGAAACUGCUACUGAGGCUGGGGGUCAUUAUGGCUCACACGGCCAUAGAGAACACUCAGCAGGCCACAGAGCCCGCCCUUCCCACAACCCACAACCCAAUCACCACGUCCCACGCCAUCACCCCAACCCCACCCCGUAUUGCCAGCCCAUCACCACGGUAACAGCAUCAGCCUCCGUCACUGUCGCCGUGCACCCGGCCCCCUUGUCCAACCAGGGCCCCCCUGCUUCCUCUUACCCAGGAUACACUGCAACAGACAGUUACUGCCAAUCAGGGGCGGAGGGGCCAGAGCCUGCCUUUCAGGACCCACAUGUGCCACUGGACACCGACGCAGGGGCCAGAGGAGUCAACGUGGAGGCUAUGGAGCUUCAAGAUUUGGAGUUUGAGGCAGCUGAGAGUAACAGUGGCAGACGGGCAAGCUGAGUUGUGGAGAACGGACGUACAACAGCCAAAGAUGGACUCCUCUGUGUUACCAACCAGCUGACCUGGCCUGGCACAGCCCAGCCCAGCAUGGCUCAGCCCGACUCGCCCACGGCCCCAAGCAGCGAGAAACUCGUCAGUGUUGCCGUUAUGGUGCUCAUUCUUACUGUAACCCAGUGGACUAUUGUCUUAGAUAUUUCUAUCUAUAUUUAAAAGAUGUAUACAUAUGUAAAUAUGAACAAAAAGUAGCUAUAAUUUUAGGAGCUGUAGAACUCCUCAUGUCAACAGACUGAGGCUGCCAUUUUAUAUGGUUUAUGUGUGUGUGUGUGUGUGUGUGUGUGUGUGUGUGUGUGUGUGUGUGUGUGUGUGUGUGUGUGUGUGUGUGUGUGUGUGCGUAUGAGAGAUAGAUCUCUGAUUACUGUUCACUCAUCUGUGGAUCUGUGCCAUUACGAAGCUUCAUCUAGACAAAAAAUACCUGUCAGCAUUCACUGUGGCUGCUCAAAAAUAUUUUUUUUUUUUUAAAUAAUAUACAUUUAUAACUCUAUGCAAAUGUCUCUUUAAACAAAAGAAGUGAUCUGUCUAUGUGUGUGCGCGUAUGUGUGUGCUUGCAUGUGUGUGCGUAUGCUACCCGCGUGUAAACAACCCCAUGGCUUAUUCAUCAGAUACAUAUUCAGAACAUCAAAACAUGAUGGAAUUGUUAGAAUUAUCAAACAAGGCUAUGGUAUGUGUGCGUGUGCGUGUUACUGUGUGUGUGUUUAUUAUUGUAUAAAGGUACUCAUGUUAAACUAUUAAUUUUUUAUCACAAACCUGUGGUAGUUAUGAAACAAGUACUGUUUAACUUGACACGCUAUGCGUGCUAUUUAAGACGAGCAGAUAUGAAGAAAUUUUAAAAGCUGUUAUUUUGUUUUGUUGUGCUCUUUUAGUUUUCGCCUCUGCAUUGGAACCUGUUUCUGCUCUCAGCUUAGUGUCACUGUCCGUUAGGCUGUGCUCCGGUUGUAUUUUACUGUAAGAGGUUAUGCAUUGUUUAACCCCAGCAGGCUCAAAACAGGUUCUGUCUUGUAUACUGAUAUACAAGCAGUAAACCCACCUCAGAAACUCACUCUGCCAUUACAGGGACAUUCACAUUACUGAUUCUGGAACAGGGUCAAACACGGGGCACUAGUGUCUAGUGGAUAAGCUAAAACUCAGACUGUAUACUGUACGACCCGAUUCAACAUGGCACUUGACUACAUUUAACCUUCAUUCACAGGAAUAUCUUGCCUCAAGUAGCUCUUUAUUUCUGUCCAACCAAUAAGCUAGCCCACACAUCCUGCUAAGGGAUAACCCUUAUAUGGCCUGACAAUGUGCUCUAUGCGUGUCUCAGUGUAUAUGUAUGUAUGUAUAAACAUUUAUGUGUGUGUUGGUCUAUGUUCUUAUUCUGUCUCUGCUCUCCUUGUGACGGUAAAAAGACAACUGGCCCCAAUUUGGCCUCAGACGUCCCCACUGACCUAAGCUAAUAAAAAUCCA